CUAGUGUAACCGUGGGAACCGAGGGCUGCACGGGGUGGACAGGGGAGGACAACCGGGGGAGGACACAUAGUAGGUCGCGCCACAACCGGGGCAUGUACCUGCUGGGUUUUCCUUGAGUUCCAGUCUCACCUUAUAUCGACAUCGGAUGGUGAAUGAAACCGAUCCGCGUCCAGAACAGACACACUGACAGACAAAGAUGGAAAGUCAAGGCAGCCGCUGUAAGAUCGUGGUGGUCGGAGAUACGCAAUGUGGUAAAACGGCGCUCCUACAUGUUUUUGCGAAGGACUGCUAUCCCGAGAACUAUGUCCCCACCGUUUUUGAAAACUACACGGCCAGUUUUGAAAUCGAAAAACAGAGGAUUGAGUUGAACAUGUGGGACACGUCAGGUUCCUCGUAUUAUGACAACGUGCGGCCGUUGGCCUAUCCUGACUCAGACGCUGUGCUCAUCUGCUUUGACAUCAGUCGCCCAGAGACUCUGGACAGUGUUCUGAAGAAGUGGCAGGGGGAGACCCAGGAGUUCUGUCCCAAUGCCAAGGUGGUUCUGGUGGGUUGUAAGCUGGACAUGAGGACAGACGUGGGCACCCUGAGAGAGCUGUCCAAGCAACGCCUCAUCCCCAUCACACACGAACAGGGUAGUGGGUUGGCCCGUCAGAUAGGUGCGGUAGCGUACGUGGAGUGCACCUCCAAGGUGUCGGAGAACAGCGUACGGGACGUGUUCCACAUCACCACGCUGGCGUCUGUGCGGCGGCCACACAAGCCUCAGCUGAAACGCAGCAGCUCCCGCCGGGGCCUCAAACGGGUGUCCCAGCUGCCCCUGCCCCCCCUGCCCGGUCGGACUGAUACCCUGGAUCCUGCCCCUGUCAUGCAGAAGGACCGGGCCAAGAGCUGUGUGCUCAUGUAGAGA